AUGACUAAAUUCAAGAUAAAAGUACGUUCAAACUUCAAAGCCCUAGAAAUUUAGAAUCCGAAAAUCGAAAUCCCCAUCAGGGCUGCCCCGAUCGUACCACCAUGGGAAACACGGAGAAGCUCUUGUAUCAGAUGAUGGGGCUUAAAUUCACCGCCAAAUCUCUCCAACGCCAAGCUAAGAAGUGCGAGAAGGAUGAGAAAUCCGAGAAGCUUAAAAUCAAGAAGGCCAUGGAGAAGGGCAACAUGGACGGCGCCAGAAUCUACGCCGAGAACGCCAUCCGCAAGCGCACCGAGCAGAUGAACUACCUCCGCCUCGCCUCUCGCCUCGACGCCGUCGUUGCUCGCCUUGACACCCAGGCCAAGAUGACCACCAUCAACAAGUCCAUGGCCAACAUCGUCAAGUCCCUCGACUCGACGCUCGCCACCGGCAAUCUCCAGAAGAUGUCCGAGACCAUGGACCAGUUCGAGAAGCAGUUCGUCAACAUGGAGGUCCAGGCCGAGUUCAUGGAGAGCUCCAUGGCCGGCUCUACCUCCCUCUCUACGCCGGAGGGAGAGGUCAACAGCCUGAUGCAGCAGGUCGCCGAUGAUUACGGCCUUGAGGUCUCCGUGGGGCUGCCUCAGCCUGCCGCCCACGCUGUGGCGGCCAAGGAAACCGAGAAGGUCGACGAGGACGACCUCUCGAGGCGCCUCGCCGAGCUUAAGGCCAGGGGGUAAUCGAUCGAAUUAACAAUGAGGCUGCUUGUUGUCGACUUCUUAUUAUGAGAUUGUGAUAUGUAUAUGAUGCUUUUUACUUAAUACAUUGUAUCUUUUACUGAAUUCUGUCUUGGGAUUAUUGCUAUUGUAGACUAUGAGGUUACGUUUUUGGGUGUCGCUGCCUUUAAUGUGGAAUUUGUGAAUUUGGUUUUGAAGUA